AUGAUCGUGCUUUUCGCGAUUGGCAAGGUUCAAGGCAAGUCCGGCCCGACUGGGACACUAACGGACGCGAGCUUGGGCCUGUACAUCGAUGGAUCGCAAACGAUAGAUGCGGGAUCCGCUGUUAGCGAAGAGCCAGUCCUAGGAGAUUCUUCCACCGAGGAUACUAGCUCACCGCAUGAUCAUUUAUUAUUCGCCGAUACUCCUAUCAUGGAUGCUGUUACCAUCGUAUGGUACGUGGCCACAUUCAUUGCACUGAUAUCCUUUUUCCUGGUGAUGGCCUGUGCCGAUCGCAACCGCUGCCGAUCUCGGAAACCCGCCAACGAGCCAACUCCGCCACCAACGCCGGCCCCUUCCUACCGGCAGUUUGCUCCACCCAGCUACGACAGUCUCGAUUUGGAGAAGGAUACGGAUAGUAUUUUUAUUAUUCCCUACGACAAUCACAGCGUGAGUGAUCAGCAACACACUCUAGCCAGUAACCUGGAAUACGUGAUGGAACAACAGCCCUCCAGCAAUCGCGAGCCAUCCAAUGAUAUUACCAGCACCAGCCACACCUCCGCCCCCGCUGAAGUGUCCUCCGUCGUUGAAGUAGCUAGUGUUCCGGUGCACCCAACGUUACGAUAA